UCAUGCAAACAAGUGACAGAUCCAGGGAGCAGGAGACACCCCCCCGUUUUUAAACAAACAUACAUAAAAGUGAGUGGCCUUGUCAGUCUGUGACCCCCUUUUUUAUCAAAACUGGACUCGGACUCAGACUCGGACUCGGGUGGCGUGGACUCGGACUCGGGGGGUGCACACUCGACUACAACACUAUGCUAUAGGGUGUAGUAAUGUGUCUGGGACAGGAAAAGAAGCAAAGAGCUUUUAUAGAUUGCCAACAGAAAAGAAAAUUAGGGAUAUCUGGCUUGCAAAAAUCAGCAGAAAGGGCUGGGUGCACACGAAACACACGAGGCUGUGGGAAUCAUUUCGCACCAGUGUUUUUGUUUGUGCCACACAAUAUAGCAGCUUGUGUUGGAUCAUAUGGUUGGAUGGCAAGGUUCCCGGGCACACAAUAUAUUGACAAACAUCGUGACUGCCAAUAUACUGAAGAGGGACAUCCCUAAGCUUGCUCCAGAGGAGCAGACGUCGAGCCUUGAAUCGUAUCACAACGUUGUAAUACGCUUUGCACCGAAGUCAGUUCACUUCCACUAUUCAGCUAUGAAGGCUAGAUUAACACUUGCUAUCCUUCAUUUUAAUGAAAACUCUGCGAGAGAACAACAGACAAACAGCGAUGGAAGCAAGCAGUUCAGGAUUUCUUACCCAAAAUCCAAGAAAGGAGGUGCUAUUGCGAAGGAGGUCAAAGUACCAUGUACUUACAACUAUGUCAGAGAACUAAUGGCUAUGGUUAUACUGCUCAGACGCCAGUACCCCAGCUAUCAACGAGCCAAGACCCUUAUAGACCACACCAGCAGCUGUUACCUCAACCUACACACGGCUGGAUAAGCAAACCGUCAUAGACCGGCAUCAAUGUCGCUUUAAUAAAUGACUGUGCUAGCUGCUACUUGUUGCUACAAUUACAUGUACACCUUAGCUAUCUGUUACAUGUUGCUAAACAAAUGACAAGAUUUUGAAAAUUGCUAAUUUGAUGACGUGACAUAAUUAUGGGUUCCUGCUAAUUUUCUGAACAGGGGUGAUUUUAUGUGAUUAGGAGGUAACCAUAAUUAGAAAGGUAAAAAUGCUGUUUUAGAAGGACUUAUUCGCCAUAAUUCCUAAUUAGGCUAGUUCCUGUGUCAGUAAAUUGGCAUUAUCCGGCUGUUGUAAUAAAUUGCAACUGCAAUCUAAGCCCUGGUCUUAGCUAAAUAGCUGUGACAUGACAUGUUGCUGUCUGAAUCUGAUAUAUAUAUAUACCUCAUCAGAAUUAUAUACCUUAUUUAAAAGACAUUCCUAUUUAAUUUCCAAGUGUAUAGUUCAUGUGUGAAAACAGAUUAAUCUAAUGUUUCCCGAACGUGUUAAUUAUAAUUUGUUUAUUAAACUAGAUACUUAAAAAGAUAUUGGACUGGAUAUUUGAUUAGGAAAACAGAGUAAACUUAAUCCAAA